ACUCCAGCCAAAGAACAUUGCCUACCCCUGCCCUAGACUUUCAUGACAGGGAUCUCUAGAAAAUAGGGGAGUAGCAUUGGCUAUUAUACAAGGUUAGUGAUAAAAGCCUGGUACAUAGAAUCAACAAAUCUGGCUUCUGUUUCAUUCUGUCCCAUUAAAUCAUUGAUGAGGGUCCCAUCCCUUCACUGAGCCUCCAUUUUUCUGUCUGUAAACAGGACAUUAGUUGCUGCAAGGGAAGGAGUAUCAUUAUUUAUUCCAGGCCCAGGCUGUCCCAUCAGCAGCAAUCCCUGUAGAGGACAGUGCUUGAAAAUGAUCUUUAUUCAGUGAUGUAGUUCCAGCUACCUCUGCUUAGCAAAUAUGUUCCUGCAGCACCUCUCUGCCAGAGUUCCUGCAUCAGAGAAGCUAAACCAUUUAAAGCCAUCCUCCAGUCAGUUCCAUCACCUGCCAGCUUUUCCUGAGGGGUAACUAAAAUGUCUGCAUCUUUAAAAAAGACUUGAAGUAAUCUUUCAACCCCUGCCUGUGUUGUGAACCUCAUACAACUAACUUGAGGAGACUUUCUUCAGGAGACAGAGGACUUUCAAGCAAUGUGUUCAUCCCAAAUGGGUUGAGCAGCAACAGCUGCUGUUAUCUUUGACUGAAAAUCUGUUCCUAUCAGAAAGUGAACAUAAAGUAAAAACAGAAAGAGAGAGAGAGGCAGAGAGAAAAAGCUCCCUGAAGAGGGAAGCCCCAGCAGCCAAUAGCUGUUUGGAUUUCACUGGCGCUGCCUUUCUUGCUUUGCUCCCAAGGAAUACCUUUAAUGGAAUCAAUUGCUUCGGUUUCUUUGUAACAAGUCCACCGGAAAGGCAGACUUAUGGGCAACUGUGUGAAGUCUCCACUGAGAAACCUCUCAAAAAAGAUCCGGCAUGAGGAGAAGACGUGCUAUAAAGCUGUCCAGACGAGCGAGGAGGGGCCGUCGGCCUGCGAGUACCAGGGUCCACUCAUGGUGCUAGCCCAGAACUGCGCCGUCAUGCACAACCUGCUGGGGCCCGCAUGCAUCUUCCUGAGGAAGGGCUUCGCAGAAAACAGGCAGCCUGACAGAGAACUGCGACCAGAAGAAAUUGAAGAACUACGAGAAGCCUUCAAGGAGUUUGAUAAAGACAAGGAUGGGUUUAUUAACUGCAGGGACCUGGGGAACUGCAUGCGCACCAUGGGCUACAUGCCUACUGAGAUGGAGCUCAUAGAGCUUUCCCAGCAGAUCAAUAUGAACCAGGGUGGCCAUGUGGAUUUUGAAGACUUUGUGGAGCUCAUGGGACCAAAGCUUCUGGCAGAAACUGCAGAUAUGAUUGGUGUGAAGGAACUACGUGAUGCCUUCAGAGAGUUUGACACCAACGGUGAUGGAGAGAUCAGCACUAGUGAGCUUCGGGAGGCCAUGAAAAAGCUGUUGGGGCAGCAGGUGGGCCAUCGGGAUAUUGAGGAGAUCAUCCGGGAUGUGGACCUGAAUGGAGAUGGGCAUGUUGAUUUUGAAGAGUUUGUUCGGAUGAUGUCCCGUUGAAGGUUAUUCUCAGCUGAAGAGGAACCAGCACCUUACAGAGGGCAGAAGAGGACCUAGGUGGAGCAUCUAGCCCCGAUGUUGCCACGCAAAGGUUAACAGGCUGGCUGCGUUUGAGACAGUGCGAGGCAACCCGCCUCUCCUCCCCUAAAGUGGUCCCCACGUCCUUCCGCCCUUUCACACUGUGAAAGACUCGCACCUCCUACAACUGGAACCCUUCCUCAGAGAUGACGACUGCCGGAAGCCGCAGAGCCAGGACUCGCCACGAUGCUGGGACGUUUGCAACUUUAGACACCUCCUCCCUUGCUUUUUAAUCACCUGCCAACUGCUGCAAAGCAAGCGAAAGAGAGACCCUAUCAGAUGGGUGGACGAGAGUUAAGCCCUCUGGGAUUGGUGAUGGCAGCAGGGUGCACUGUGCACCUCGGUUUCCCUUGGUGACCCACGUCUGUUUUUGCUGUCUGUGUGUGUCUAUCUGUCUGUGUGGAGUUAUUUAUGCCCCCGGUACAUUCUCCUGUCUCCUUUUGGUUAUAUUUACUAAGAGCAAAUACAAAUAUACAUUUGGGAAAAACAGAAAAGAGAUAAAUAUGCAAGCUGAAACUGUGUGAAGUCCUGAGGUUUCUGUGGGAGGCAGGGGGCAGGCUUGGGGUGGGAAAACAGCAGACAGAUCCACUCUGGGCCUAUGGUAUAGUCAGAGGGCGAGCUGGGGCUUGCAGGGGGCUGCUGUUUUGCCUGUGUGCCAGCCCCAUCCUCUAGCUCUGGCACAGAAAUAGGUGCUGAGCAUGCACCAGGUGGCAAGGAGUCACAGGCUGGGAUAUAAGGUCUCUUCAGGGGCACUAGUAUCUGGGACUGUGAGGGGAAGCUGUCUGAUUGGCACCUUGCCACACUGCCCUGCCCCCUGGUAUGAGGCAGCCAAUCAGGCAGUGCCCUCCUUCCCCAUCCCUCUGGCCUGGGGUUGCUGAGGGGAGGAGAGGGCAGGGGCAGGUGGCUGCCUCUUCCUCCCUGCCCUGUCUCUUGGGAGGGACAGGGAGGGCUACCCUAUGUCCCCUCCAUGCAGUACCCUGCCCAGGGAAGGGCAGAGGGUGACAGCCCCUGGAGCUGCCCCCUGCCAGUGCAGCGAACAAGGAGUCCCCAUCUGCCCCCCAGCCCACCAGGACUGGAGAAGAGGAUCCCGUGGCUGCAUUCUGGCCUGGAGGGCGGUGAAGAGCCAGGAACUGCAGUGCGGAGCAGAGUUGAGUUUGGGGCACUGCGGAACAGAGGGGCAGGAUUACAGGGCUAAGGAGACAGCGUCAGAGCAAAGCAGAGGGGGCUGGCUGAUAAGGGAGGUCCAUUGUUUUGAAGGGAGAGACAUAGGGAUGGUGACACCCUCC